AUGUCGAUUGAUAUCAACUGGGAGACGCUGACGGGCGGCUCAGAUGGUUCUUCGCGGGCAGAGUCGAUCCGGGCCUUCAUUCAUGACCGAUUCCAGCAGGUGACGCUGCCGCGUUUCAUCCGCUCCGUCCACGUUCAUUCAUUCGACUUCGGAAGCGUUACCCCCGAAAUCGAGAUCAAAGACAUAUGCGAUCCGCUCCCUGACUUUUACGAGGAGGACGAAGAUUAUCCAGACGAGGACGAGGAUGCACAGGCAGAUGACGAUCGUGGGGCCGUUGGCGGCCCUCUUACCCGCAUAACGAAAGAGCGACGCGAAGGCGCGGAAAAGGGAUCAUCCAACAUAGAAUAUCCUCCUCUGAGUCAAUCACGUCUAGCGCCGCCUUUUGGAAACACCAGAACUCCCGGCCUUCGCACCACGUUAGCGCCUGUCGAACAACUGGGGAGCCCUUUCAUCCCAAGGGCCUCCACGCCUGGCAUACCCGGAGGAACAUCCAACAUCAACUAUUUCCAUCUUCCGCUUGGUGCGGGGCUAUCUGGGACAACUACCCCUCUUGCUGCUGUUGCUGGUGCACAGCUCCAAGGUUGGCCUGACUUUGCCAAUAUCCGACCAUCCACCCCAACCAAUAUGCGUCUUCGCCAUGCUGCUUCAAUGAACUCCCUUACCCUGACACCGCAGUCGAACCCAGACCCCACGACAAGGCCACCCUCCCAACACCAACAUGAUGCAGAACGGAGGGAGUCGCUAGCUGCAGCUUCGAAUCAUUCAUCGGAUGACGGAUACGAAAGGACACCAUCACCGUCAAUACCUCGUAUGCGCGAGAAAAGUCCCGAAGAUAUCCAAGUCGUGUCACACGUACAGUAUUCGGGCGAUAUCAAGAUGUCGCUCACUGCGGAGAUCCUGCUAGACUAUCCUAUGCCAAGUUUCGUCGGCAUACCGCUGAAGUUGAACAUCACCGGGCUAACCUUUGAUGGCGUUGCUAUCCUAGCGUAUAUCAAAAAGAGGGCUCAUUUCUGUUUCCUAUCUCCGGAAGACGCUGAUGCACUAAUCGGAGGCGAAACCAACCUUGACUCUCUUCAGUCAGAUGUGCAGAAACAGGAGCGUCAACUCGCACAGCGCUCUCGAGCGGGAGGAUUGCUGGAGCAUAUCAAAGUCGAGAGCGAGAUCGGAGGUCGGGGAGAGGGCGGGCAGGUUCUCAAGAAUGUGGGCAAAGUGGAGUCUUUCGUCCUGGAACAAGUCAGGCGCAUCUUCGAAGACGAAUUCGUAUACCCAAGCUUCUGGACCUUCCUUGUAUGA